GAGAAACUGAAGCGGCCGCUCUCACACAUGCAGGCGUGGGAGAUCGCCCAUACGCGGAAGGACCCCAAGCCUGGCGAGCCCAAGUACUACGGCAAGAAGACCGCAGGGAGGAAGAAGGCCUACUCCGAAGCGUAUCUGGAGUUACAUCCUGACACACCUGACCCCAUUGCGGCGCCUCUGGACGACAUGGCGGUGGUGAGGAUGGGGCCCAAGGAGCACGGUCGGGAUGCGGUUCUCGAUGCUGUGAUCACUCCUAGUAUCUCCUACACACAGCUUCGUCGGAUCGACCCGAGCCUGAGCCAGCGCACGAGCCAGCCAGUGACUAGUACACAGUCCCUCUUUCAGGAGCAACAAUCUGCCUACAUGGAGUACACACGCCAGGAGACCAUGGCGUGGCAUCAGAGGCUUUAUGAACACCAAGUGCAGAGGGAUAGCCAGAUGCAGCAGGCUUUUCAGGAUAUGGCGGCCGGCAGGUGUCCUCAGUUCCCUACAGCACAAUGCCCUCCAGCACAACCAGUGCUGAUGAGCUUUGAGGAGUUUGUGGCACAGAACGCUGGCCCCUCGCCGGGAACAGGUGGAUCUACCGUUGGCGGUGGUCUUCGCAGCACUCCGGAGACACGGAGCCCGACCACUCCGAUCCACGGAGGCGGAGGCGGUAGCGCUGCCGCUAGCACUGAUGACCUGGACUUUGGCCGUCUUGGCGGUGACGACCUCCGCGGUGCUCGAUGAUGCUUGAGAUGUGAUGGUGAUGCUUGAGAUGACUUGUGUGUGCUGAUGAUCAUUUAGCUGACUUGUGUGAUGAUGCUUAUGCUUACAUUCGUUGAUAUGCUUAUGCUUGUGUGAUGAUGAUCUAUUGUUGUCAUGAUGCUUAUGCUUACGUUCGUUGAUAUGUGCUGCUGAUAUGUGCUGUUAUA